ACGCGCGGACGAGCCAGAGCCGGCGCCCGCUCCUCCGCUCCACUCCGCUCUCCUCUCGCCGAGCGCCUUGGGGCUGCCAGGAGGCUGGAGGGAAGGCGCUCCGAGAUGCGCUUGGCCGCUCAGCCCGAGCUGGAUUCCCUCGCAGCGCCUCGCUAACGGGACUUAUUAUCCCCCAGCCCUGCAGCCUUUUCAGCCCCGGCGAGCCUUUUUCCCCGGCGAGAGAAAAGGCGACUUACCGGAGGGGGGAAUAGAGAGGCUACUUGGGAGAAAGAGGCAACCCCUCCGGACGGGUUGGAAAUGCGCCUCCUUCGGCAUUUCUUGCUUCUUUCCGUCCAGCUCUUCUGCCUCUGCCCAAUAGAACUGAUUCUUGGCUAUUUUCGACCACCGCGAAAAUUUGCAGAAGCUGUUGAUUGGUCCUAUUCAGGAGCCUUAAAUCAAACAAAGUGGGGGAAAAAAUAUCCAGCAUGCAAUGGUGCCAAGCAGUCACCUAUAAAUAUUGAUGAAGAUCUCACUCAAGUAAAUGUGAACCUCAAGCAACUGAAGUUCAAAGGUUGGGAAGAAGAAACUUCAGAGGACACCUUAAUCUAUAACACGGGCAAAACAGAUGCAAAUCUACUGUUAUGAUUCAAAUGAGUUUUCCGAUAUCGACAAAGCAAUUGAAGGAAAUGGGAAAUUAAGAACUUUAUCAGUUUUAUUUGAGGUUGGUCUGGAAGAUAAUAUGGAUUAUAAUUCAAUUAUUGAAGGAGUGGCCAGCGUUAGUCGGUUUGGGAAGAAAAAUGAACUGGAACCUUUCAUUUUGUUGAAUCUUUUGCCAAAUUCAACAGACAAAUAUUACACUUACAAUGGAUCUUUGUCAACUCCUCCAUGCUCAGAAACAGUUGAAUGGAUUGUGUUCAAAGACACUGUUAACAUUUCAGAAAACCAG